AUAGUAUUUAUCCAUGGUCUUCGGGGACAUCCGAUCAAGACAUGGUCAAUCGGCGCUGUUUGCUGGCCUCGAGACUUCCUCGGCCAGCAUAUCGAAAAUGCCAGGAUAGUCGCGUGGGGCUACGACUCCAGUUUCGUGAACGCCACGAAGUUGGCUAGCCAGGUAAGCUUAUGCCAAUAG